AUGUUGCUGAUAAACUUCGUCACCUUCUUUGGGAACCUACUACUCGGGAUAGUGGUCAUUAAAAACCCGACUCUUCGCCGAACGGUUCCUAAUAUGUACAUCAUAACUCUGGCCCUUUCAGACUUUUUGAACUCUUUUCUGGGAAUCCCAUUUUCAGUUGCUUCUCUAAUUGUUGGAAGAUGGCCGUUCAAUGACUUCGUCUGUCAGCUGCAAGGAUUCUGGAUUCUUCUCUUGGCAGCGGUGUCACUACAAACUUUAGCCGUCACUGCUGUAAACAGAUAUUUCCGAGUGGUCCGCUCCCGUACCUUGUAUCAGAAACUCUUUAACAAGAAGACAACAAAACUGACAAUCGCUGUUCUAUGGAUCCUGGCUCCCUGUUGGCUCCUCCUGGGUUUGUUACACGAGAUAGAAGAGCAAAACACUAAGAACUAAAAACAAUUUAUAAAAGGAGAUACGGUUCGCCUACGCGGUCAAGUAUAAACCAGAUUGAAACCACUUCCGUUCAAGACUUCCGACAAUAAAAUCGCAACCGCCGUCAGACAUACUAAAACUGAACGACAACUAUAACGUAAAAAUGCCCAACACCUCAACCAAAAUGGGAGGUAUGCAAAUUUAUCCCAAAAAAACAGAUAUCAACCUAAAAAACCAAAAGUUCCACUAACGUGGUAAAUUAGCUUAUCUCUGUUGGCUCCUCUUCCAUAUGUCGCUGCUGGUCAUAAAUUUUUCUUUCACACUGGAAAAGUUUUCUGCGCGCACGAUUUUGAAAGUUUACAUAGAGGGUAUGGAGCUUAUUUGGUGGUAUUUUACGUAGCCAUUCCUUUGAUAAUCAUCGUGGUUUGUUACACCAAAGUAUUUAUAACGGUUCGGAAGCAUAACCUAAACUUCCGUUCAAGACUUCCCUCCGUCAGACAUGAAGCCGCAAAUUUAUCCCAAAACAGCCGCUUAUCAGUGGAUGAAGUAAACGUUACAUAUAUUCUAUUAGCUGUUGUUGUAGGUUUUCUCACUUGCUGGAUCCCUGUUUUAGUAAUAGAUCUCAUCGACUUUGUAAACGCCGGGUGGAAACUUAAAAGACAAGUGUAUGUAAGUUAUACUUGUCUCGAUUGGGCCAGUACUGCACUUAACCCCAUCAUAUAUGGCAUCAUGAAUCGUUCCUUCCGCGCAGAGUACCUGAGAAUAUUCACGCCCUUGAAGAUGUGGACACUGAAAAGAAAC